UGUGACGCAUCUUCUCAGUGCUGUGAGGAAAUUAGCUGCCCACCCGCAUUAUAAGGGCAUCUAGGGAAAGGCUUUGAUCAGAAUGAGAGAGAGCGAGUGAGAGAGCGAGUGAACGAGAGAGUCUGACCGACCCACUCACCAGCCCCCUUCUUUGUCCAGUCCAUGUCUCAUUCUCACUUGUCCCUUGAAGCUUUGGAUACAUUCUGGCAGUGAAGUGAGAGUGGAGACAUCCCCUUCGUCUCCUUGAUGCCACCAUGACAUUGGCAUUUAUGCCACUGUGUCUCGCCCUCGUGCUGCUGGUGACCAAUGCCAGCAGCACUUCCCCUGGAGCACCAAAGGAGCAGAGGGUGUGGGCCAAAGUGGGAGACCUGGUUGUGCUCCCCUGUCACCUGAGUCCUCAGGAGCUGCAGAGGAGCUGGAAGCAGCUGUAUGAGAAGACAGCUGUCCGCUGGGAGCGGCAUGGGGAAAGCUCCCACAAAGAGCCCCACAUGGUGCUGGAGGUCGAGUACAGUGGUCUCCUGAAAAGAGCCCGAUCCAUGAUGCCUCGAGCCUCAGUUAGGGAAACCGGCUUCCGCCAAGGGGACUUCUCCCUCUGGAUUGAGCCACUACUGAGUGAAGAUGCAGGCCAUUACGAGGCGCUGGUGAGAUAUGGCAAGGAGACUCGGCGCUGCCAGUUGGAGUUGGGCAUGGUGACAGUGACUGUCAAUCCCCCAGGCCUCCUGGUGGAAAUGGAGCCUCUCUUGCUAAACUGUAACUCCAGUCACCCAGCUAAGCUUGUGGGGAUGCGCUGGUUCCAUAAUGGUAGCCUGGUCCCCAUCUCCAGCAGGUUCCGUUCCCGCCAUGGGGCUCUAUCCAUCUCCAGGCCAACUGUGAGCGAUUCAGGGCCCUGGCGCUGCGAACUCACAUACUCAGAUGACGAGAGAGUUUCUGCCUCAUUCAACCUUCAAAUUCUAGGUUUUGCUGGCCCAGUCUCUCCUGUAGUCUAUGCGGCGGUAGGAUCUGCUGUCAACCUUCCCUGCCUCCUGAAUCGAGACCCCAGUGCUUCCAGCAUUCUAGGGGUGUCAGCCCGCUGGAGUCAUCUUGCAGGAGGGGAUCUGAAAAUAUGGGACAUCUCCAGGAAUGGGAGUAACUGGAGCUUCACCCUCCAUCUCCCUGAAGUGGGGCCACAGGAUGCAGGGCAAUACUGCUGUGCUGUCUCUAUCCAUGGCACGACCAUCACUAGGGACGUGACCUUGGCAGUGAUGACAGUCACCCCAAGUAUCAAAGGGCCAGUCGCUGAAGGCUCUCAUCUGCUGCUUAUCUGCAGCCUCACCCACCCCAGGGGGCACGAGCACUUUCAGUGGAGGCAACUGAGUUCAGGCCUCAGCAAUGGGAGCUCAUUUGAGGCUACUCCCAGGAGCCCAGCAGUCCAGCGCUACUAUCUGGGUUCCACCCUGGAACUGACCCAUGUGUCACAGGAGGAUAUCGGCACCUGGGAGUGCAGCGUCCAUGGCUCAGAAGGGAGGCUGGGAGCUGUGGAAUAUGAGCUGUAUAUUACAGGUGCCCAGCUCUCUGGUCCUCAUCCCAUUCUGGAUGGGCAGACCUCUUUUGGCCUUAUCCUUGUCCUCUUCCUCCUGCUUGUGGCCUCCAUCCUGGCUUUGGUCCUGCAGAACCGUAGGAUAUUCUCCCCAGCCUUCCCGGCACUGGAGCGGGUGGUUACCACAUCCACACCAGGGAAUGCAGGAAAGGAUGAAGGCCAGGAGGGGAAGAGCCUGCAGACAGAGUGCUGAUGGGAGAGAAGGCACAAAGGUCAAUCGGAAUGGCAAGCACUUCAAUGGGAAAACAAGACUCUGCUACACAGCUGGGGGAACCAUUCAGAUUUGUCCAGAGGGCAUGCAGGUCACAUGGACACAGCCUGGGGACCAUGCCACUGCUGAGGGAGUGGGAGUCAUAUGACAAAGGAGAUAGGAGUCAUCUGGGUGCAGGAAGGUUGGGAUGGGGGGUUGUACAGGUUUCUGAGCUUCCUUUUUGGAGAUGGACUCCAGUGUUCAUAACCUGCUUCAUUUCCACUUGUUUCUGUCGCACCCUCUGUCUCCCUCUCUUGGCCUUUCUCCUUCCUUGGAGGGGUGUGAGUGGCCUUAACAGAUGGGGAGAUUGGCAGAGACCUGGCUCCCCUUUGCCCACAGGGCAUUUAACUUCCUGCUCCCAACUUCCCUCUCUGUAUCCCAUAAGCACCCUGCUCCGGCACUUAUUCGCUGCCACAGCGGAUCCUGCAGCCAGAGAUAUUGCAUAGUUGAGUUUUUGUUAUAGUUUAUUAGCACUCAGAAGAAAAUAUCCUGCAAUAACCCCCCCCCCACACACUGGAAACCCUUUGGUCUCUGUGUGCAUUUGGGGUAAAAUGGGCCUGUCUAGCACAUUGUUUGCAUCUGGUUGUCUGUGUGAGGCAACUUCCCUGAAAUCUGCCCCCCUUCUGUGGAUUUCACUUUUAUUUUUGUUUUCCUGCUGUGGAUCGUUAGUUUCUGGCCUUUCAGGAGGGAAAACAAAAUGGCACCAGAGAAGGGAAAGUUACACGCUCUAUUCGUCCCUUUCUCUCGGGGGUGUGUGUGUGUGUGUGUGUGUCUCCACUCAUGAUCAAUUAAACAUCCCUGUCAUUUCCCCCCAGUUUGCGGCAUUAACCUGUCAAAUGACCCACACCAGGAUCCCUGCCGCGUGCAUCCAUUUCACUACCCUAAAGCCCGCUGUGGUCUCGCUGUGUACAGAACUCCCCUUUGCUUCCUGUCACAAAUUAUUGUGCAGGGCUGCUGUGUGACUGUUAAACAGCUGCUGUGUCCUACCCCAGAGGUAGCAGCAUUAAUUAUUAUUACUGCAGGCUUGCAAAUUUUGUAGCCUAUGUAGGCUGAAUGCAUUGCAUACACUAAGGGCUCUUUGCAUCCCCCAUUCCCUACCCCCUGUUCCUUGUGUGCCACUGUCCCAUCCCCCCUCUAUUUCAGGAACUCGCUAUAACAUCAUCCCCCUGCUUCAUGCCAGGGGUGUUGUUUGCCCCCUCCUCAUUACUAGGGUCCUCUAUUUUCUCCCAUGCCAGGGCAUCUGUGUCUCUUCUGUCCCUCUUACCCCUUACCAUUGUCCCCCAUUCUCUCUGUCAUGCCAGAUGCUUUGCAUACCUCCCUUGUCCUCUCCCUUGGUUGUUACACAAAAGUAAGGUUUUUGACACAGUCCCCAAUGACAUUCUCAUAAGCAAA